CUCCGAGCCUCGGACGAAGGCCGGCGGCGAGAACGCUAAACAGCCCACUUCCCCACGUAAACGUGGGGAUGUCGCCCGCGGCAGCUCGUGCCGGUUGAACUGCGAGAUCGCAUGUUCUCCGUUUAAAAGCAACAGCUCCGCAGUCACAACGCUCGUUUCGAAUUGUCCAGCAUCUUCGCUGCAAAAUCUGUUACAAUGUCUGCCCCCAAGGGACCUUUCACCCUCGUCACGGUCAACACCGCCCCCGAGAGAGCCAAGCGCCUCAUCGGACGGAUGGUCGAAGCCCUCAAGGACCGUUACACCAUCGUCCACGUUGAUAACUGCGAGAAGAUCGAGGAAGUCGAGCCCAAGGUGCAGCAGCACCUGCCCGAUGUCCUGUUCAGUGCCUCCAUGUGGACCGCGGAGCAAGCCAACGAGAUCCACUCCAUCGCUCGGUCGAUCAAGCCCGACAUCAAGCUGCACGCUAUCCCCGAGGGUCUCCAGGUCGAGCGCGGCCCUGACGCCAUUGUCGAAUACCUGGUGGAGAAGGUUCCCCCUCUUUUGGACGCCUAAACGUGAAACAUUCGUGUACCAACCUUAGAACCACGCGGGGGUUUCAUUGUGGAUUUGACGACGAUAUCUAUGUCUUGUAUAUACAUUUACUUCGAUGAAGCUCCGGAGAAUAGACGAUUUACGAUAUUGGA